UGGUUGUCGUCUUGUCGUGUUGUAUUGUAGAACGUACCUAAAUAAUUGCGAUUUACAUUAUUUGUAUUGCAAUAUAAUAAAAGAAAUGUACAAAGUUAGCUGUGUUCUUCAAGAUUUCUUCAAGAGCUUAACGGGAUAAUUGGAUUUGUUACAUAUUUUGUACUGUGUAAUCAGGAAAAAUGACUGUCCACAAGAUGGUCAUGCUCCGGCUAUGCCGUCUAAUGUUGCGAUUGCUGCAUAUCCGGAAUCUUCUACUGCUGACGUUCAUCCUCAUAGUGUUGUUUUUGGUAAAAUCAAUGCAGGACCUGGACGGCAAAGCGAGAGAAGAGCAAAUUAAAUCUAUUAAGGCAUUUAUAUAUGCACCUUUCAAUAAUCAAGAUUAUUUUGUGCCUAAGAAUUUAGAGAAAAUAGACUGGCAUAAUUAUACUCAAAUAAAGUACGAGGCACAACGGACGGGUCUCGGCGAACAGGGCAGGCCAGCUCAUCUACCAGCCGAACUAGCUCAUUUAGAAGAACUUUUGUACGCUGAAAAUGGCUUUAACGGGGCCUUGAGCGACAAAAUAGCCAUAAACCGUUCCCUACCUGAUAUAAGGCAUCCAAAGUGCAAGAAGAGGAAGUACAUAGCGUCUCUGCCCACUGUGAGCGUGGUGGUUCCAUUCCAUAACGAGCAUUGGAGUACGUUAGUGAGGACUGCGUUCAGUGUGCUGUAUAGGUCGCCAGAGCAUUUGAUUAAGGAGAUAUUUCUAGUCGACGAUGCUAGUACUAAAGACUACUCAAAACUGGACGAAUAUUUAGUAGAAAACAUGCCUAAGGUGAAGGUCAUAAGGCUCGCUAAGCGCAGCGGCCUCAUCGUGGCCCGGCUGGCGGGCGCCAAGGAAGCCACCGGUGACGUCAUCAUCGUGCUGGACUCGCACACUGAAGCCAACGUCAACUGGCUGCCGCCACUGCUAGAACCAAUAGCGUUGAACUACAAGACGGUGGUAUGUCCGUUCGUGGACGUGAUAGCGUACGACACGUUUGAGUACCGCGCGCAGGACGAAGGCGCGCGGGGGGCGUUCGACUGGGAGCUGUACUACAAGCGACUGCCCAUACUGCCCAGGGACGAACAGAACAUGCCCGAGCCUUUUGAGAGUCCAGUAAUGGCCGGUGGGUUGUUCGCAAUGUCCAGAAAGUUCUUCUGGGAGCUGGGCGGCUACGACCCUGGACUUGAUAUCUGGGGUGGAGAGCAGUACGAGCUUAGUUUUAAGGUGUGGCAGUGUGGCGGACGCAUGCUUGACGCCCCGUGCUCGCGCGUGGGUCACAUCUACCGCAAGUUCGCGCCCUUCCCCAACCCGGGACACGGGGACUUCGUUGGCAAGAACUAUCGGCGAGUAGCAGAAGUGUGGAUGGACGAAUACGCGCAGUAUCUGUACCAGCGUCGACCGCAUUACCUCAAUAUAGACCCCGGCGAUAUCUCGGAGCAGAAGGCGCUGCGGGACAGGUUGCAAUGCAAGCCUUUCAAAUGGUUCAUUACACAGAUAGCGUUUGAUUUACCGGAAAAAUAUCCCCCUGUUGAACCGAAACCUUAUGCAUCAGGAAAGAUAAAGACGUUGAGAGGUGAUUACUGCGUGGACGCACACAGCGGCCGUCAGAAUGACAAGCUGACCUUGACCCCGUGCCGGGUCACCGACUUUGAGCAGGAGUGGAUGAUAUCUUGGCACAAGGACAUUAGGUUACGGAAGAGGAUAAUAUGCUGGGACCUGCCAGAGUCCAGGAAGAAGAGUCCUAUUUUGCUUUACUCGUGCCACUUGGGCGGCGGCAACCAGUACUGGAGGUACAAUGUAAAAACACGCACAAUUCAGCACAAGAGCGGCGGUUGUCUCGAAGGUGACGUCGAGAGUCAGUCGGUGUACAUAUUCCCGUGUAUAAAGGACAGAGAGUCCCAGCAGUGGGACAUUGACGACGUGGACCACGAGCAGAUGAAAAACUGGGACAAACCUCGGCCCGUGGUCACCGGCCCACAACCGAAAAAAAAAGAAAGAGAAGAGUGAGGGAAAAGAGACAAUAUUGAGUGUUAUUGAGAACUGAAGAGCCAAGAUGACUGGAUUCUUAAUAGGACACUAAGAAUGUAUUUAAACAUCAUAGAAGGAAAG